AUGGCCACGUUCAAGGUGAAAUCCCUCGACUCGGGCCAGCCUCCGGACUGGUCGAAUCUGGAAGUGCUGCACCGCAACACGCUCCCUCCGCGGGCACAUUUCUUCAACUAUGCAUCUCCGUCCGCCGCGCUCUCGUACGACCCGGCGCAGUCAGAGUCGACGUUGAGCCUCAACGGGCAGUGGAAGUUCAACUACGCACCCUCGCCGAACCGCGUCCCGGAUGGCUUCCAGCAACCCGAAUUCGAUGCGGCAGCAUGGCCGGAGAUGGAGGUGCCUUCGAUGUGGCAGAUGGAGGGCUACGGGAAGCCACACUACACCAACGAGCCGUACCCGUUUCCGGUGGAUCCUCCUCACGUGCCCAUGGACGACAACCCAACCGGAAGCUAUCGACGCACGUUCAAGGUGCCGACGGAGUGGGCGGGAAGGCAGGUGCGGUUGAGGUUUGAAGGCGUCGAUUCGGCUUUCCAUGUGUGGGUCAACGGGAAAGAGGUGGGCUAUUCGCAGGGCGCGAGGAACCCUUCCGAGUUUGACAUCACGCCGUUCUUGGAUUUUGAGGGGGAGAAUACGGUGGCCGUCAGCGUGUACCAGUGGUCGGAUGGGAGCUAUCUCGAGGACCAAGACCAAUGGUGGCUCUCCGGCAUCUUCCGCGACGUCAACCUGCUCGCGUUCCCCAAGACGCACAUCCAGGACUUCUUCGUGCAGACGCUCCUAGACGACCAAUACCGCGACGCCGUCCUCAAACUCGACGUCACCGUCUCCGGCCCGGGCACAAUCUCCAUCCAGCUCCUCGACGCCGACAAAACCACCGUCAUCCUCUCCACCACCCUGCAAGCCUCUUCAGCCUCCACCUUCACGACCUCCCACCCCAUCCCCUCCCCACACAAAUGGACCGCCGAAGACCCGUACCUCUACCACCUCGUCCUCACCUUCACCGGCGACCCCCCGCACGUGUCGCAAACCCUCGCCCACCGCGUCGGCUUCCGCCGGACCGAAAUCAAAAAUGGUAUCUUUACUAUCAACGGCCAGCGUGUCGUUUUCCGCGGCGCGAAUAGGCACGAGCACCAUCCGACCCGGGGACGCGCUGUCGGUGAGGACCUGCUGCGGCAUGACUUGCUAUUGAUGAAAACGCACAACAUCAACGCCAUCCGCACGUGCCACCAGCCGAACGACCCCCUCCUCUACUCCCUCGCCGACGAGCUGGGCUUCUGGGUCAUGGACGAAGCGGACCUGGAGACGCACGGAUUUGCGUGCGUGGAGGAAGCGGCGCUGCCCGAAGAAGACAGGCGGAAGCCGUACGAGGAAAGGAAGAAGAUGAUAUACGGGGCGGCGGCGCGGUGGACGAGCGAUAACGCGGUGUGGGAGGCGGCGUACGUGGAUCGCGUGCGGCAGAUGGUGGAGCGGGAUAAGAACCACGCGUGUGUGGUGAUGUGGAGUCUGGGGAACGAGGCGUUUUAUGGCGUGAAUCAUCGGAAGAUGUACGAGUGGGCGAAAGAGCGGGAUCCGGGCCGCGUGGUGCAUUACGAGGGCGAUACGCAAGCCGAGACGGUCGAUCUGUGGUCGUGGAUGUAUCCGCGGCACGAGGCGCUGCGCGAGUUUGCGGAGGGGUGGGAUGGCGGGAAGCCGCUCGUGCUGUGCGAGUUUGCGCACGCGAUGGGGAAUGGGCCCGGCGCGUUUAGGGAGUAUAUGGACUUGUUCUACAAGCAUCCGUGCUUGCAGGGCGGCUGGGUCUGGGAGUGGGCUAACCACGGGCUCGAACAUACGACACCUGAUGGAGAGAAGUACUUCGGCUACGGCGGCGACUUCGGCGACGCCCCCAACGACGGCACCUUCGUCAUGGACGGCCUCGUGCGCUCCGACCACAGCCCCGCGCCGGGCCUGCUCGAGUACAAGAAGGCCAUCGAGCCCGUCCAACUCGUGACCGCAGACGCUUCCUCCGCCACCGUCGUCAACCGCUACGACUUCCUGACGCUCGACCACCUAAACUGCCGCGUCGCGGUCCUCGGCGACGGGUUCUUCGAGGAGUUGGGCGAGACGGUGGUCCCGACGGUGUUGCCGGGCGAGCUGGGAGCCGUCGCGCUCCCAAACGGAGUCACGGAUGCUGCCGCGAGCCGUCCGGGGAGCUACCUCCAGCUCUCUUGGACGCUGAAGCAGGACACUGCGUGGGCCGCUGCUGGCCACGAGGUCGCGAAGCACCAGCACCUGCUGAACCCCUUCCCGGCCGACGAAAACGAGAGUCCUCCCGCGCUCACUUCCUCCUCCGCGUCCCCCAUCACCGCAACCGCCGCCGCGGCUGACCUCACCAUCACCGGCCCCGCGUCGACGUGGCGCUUCGACCUGUCCACGGGGUUGCUGGCGUCGUGGAAGAAGCGGCCCGCUGCUCCUGCUGAUCCUGCUGUCAGCGAAGGCCAAGGGGCGUCAGGAGGAAAAGAAGGCCUCGAACUCCUCCACUCCCCACCCACCAUAACCUUCCACCGCGCCCCCACCGACAACGACCUCGGCGGCGCCGCCAAAGACUGGGACGAGAAACUGCUGCACCUCGCGCGCCCGCACUGCCGCAGCGCUCGCUGGCAUACCGACGAUAGCGAUGCGAGAACGGUCGUCGUCGAGACGCAGCACCGCUACGCGCCGCCCGUGCUGGAGUGGUGCGUGUGGGUGGAGACAAAGUACGUUUUUUACAGCACCGGCGAAGAGGACGCUGAUGCAGACGCCGUCCGCAUCGAGGUCCACGCGCGGGCCGAGGGCAAGAACCUCCCGCAGACCUUCGCGCGGUUGGGCUGGGAGUUCGGCUUGUCCCCUGAGGCGGGCGUUGAGCGUGCGGAGUGGUUCGGCCGCGGGGCCGGGGAGGGGUAUCGGGAUAAGAAGCUCAGUCAGGCGGUUGGGAAUUGGGGCGCGCGGAUCGAGGAUGACGGGAAGGGUGAUGACGAGAAUGUGCUGUGGACGGAGUACGAGGUGCCGCAGGAAGGCGGCAAUCGGACGGAUGUGCGGUGGGUGCGGUUUUUGGGGGCGGAGGGAAGGAGGUUGACGGCGAGGUUUGUGGGAGGUGAAGGGAACUUCUCGGCGAGUCAUUAUCGAGCGGAGGAUGUGGCGGAGGCGGGGCAUCCGUGGGAGUUGAGGAAGAAGAGGAGGGAGGAGGUGGUUGUGAGGUUGGAUGUGGAGCAUCAGGGGUUGGGGACGGAGUCGUGUGGGCCGGGGGCGUUGGAGGAGCAUCGACUUAAGGUUGGUGAGGGAGUGGAGUGGGAAUGGGGGAUGGUACUGUCGUAG